AUCUUCCAAAUCCCUUUCGCUUCAUUCAUACAAUCGGUCGUGGAUUCUUUUCAGGUUUUACGGUUUGGAAGAUGCUACUCCGUAGCUCCUCGAAUCCCGCUCUUAAUUCAUGGUUUCGACAUGAAAACCCAAAAGAAUCGUCAUCGUUGGAGCACCUGUUCAUUCGCCAUAACCCCAGAUCACCAACAAUUUCACUAUACUCGUUAAAUCCCAAGAAUGAUUCUCCCAAGAAGAUUGCUAGAGCUUCAUCGGAGGCAGAUUUGAGUGGUAGUUUUGUCACCAAUGGUAUGAGUCCACUCUGUAAGCUUUCUUCUAUAGCGGUUGCAGAAGAGUUGGAAGGAGAGGAAAGCGAUGAUUGUGUUCUUCUGUUUUCAACUUCUGGAUUGUAUCACAACGGACAUGGAUUUGGUGUUAUAGGUGGCGGCGGUGGUGAAGGGAAGAUCUCCGGCCGUGGUGGUCACGGGAAUCAUAAUGAGAAUGAUAGUACGGAUUUUUAUUAUCAAAACAUGAUCGAAGCAAACCCUGGGAACGCAAUGCUUCUUAGUAAUUACGCUAAAUACUUGAAAGAGGCUAGAUGUGAUUAUCCCAAGGCAGAAGAGUACUGCAGCAGAGCAAUACAAGCAAACCCUAGCGAUGGAAAUGUUUUCUCUAUGUAUGCUGAUUUGAUCUGGGAGACACAUAAGGAUGCCCGUCGUGCACAAAGUUAUUUUGAUCAAGCUGUUCAAGCUUCCCCUGAUGACUGUUAUGUUAUGGCUUCUUAUGCUCGGUUUCUUUGGGAUGCUGCUGCUGCUGAUGAUGAUGAUGAAGAGGAAGAGUGUGAGGUUGAUAUGAACAUUUUGACACCAAUUGCUGCAGCAUGUUAGAGUUGAACACUCUUUUGUAUAUCAGUAGAGAUAUUAUAAUUGUAUUUAGCAACUUUCUGACCUUUUUUUGUUAGUUGUUUAUUGUUGUUUUCUAUUUGUUUUACACCUCUGGUAACAUUGCAUGUGAUGUUGUAUCAUCAAUGGUUAAUGCUAAUAUGUUUCUAUUGCA